CAGUCUGAGUCACAGGACACACUGGGCAGCGAUUGCGGUUGGCAGGGGGACACAAUGCGCUCUCUGCUGGUGCUGUGGCUGAGCGCAGCCGUGCCAGCUCUGCUGUGGGUUUCCCAAACCACUCCUUUGGUUGGAGCUGAUAAGAAUUCCUCCAGGAUCUGCCAACCUGCUCCAGACUGGGCCAUAAAUGGCCGCUCUCCGCUAAAGGAACUUCAGGGACAUGUGGUGGUGGUGGCUCUGCUGAAGGCCACCUGACAUUUCUGUCUCGUUCAGGCGUCCAAUAUUGGACGCCUGCGCACAAAACUUGCUCGCAGAAACAUCACAGAGGUGUCCUUCAUGAUCAUAAAUGAGCAAGAAAAUUCAUCCAGAGCCAAUUACUGGGCAUUGAAGAAUAGAGCCCCAGCUAAAGUCCCUGUGUAUCAGCAGGAUGCUAAUGGGACGGACGUUUGGGAGAUCCUGGAUGGUGAUAAAGAUGAUUUCCUGAUCUAUGAUAGGUGUGGUCACCUCACUUUCCACAUUGUGCUGCCGUACAGUUCCCUGAAUCACCCUUAUGUGGAGACUGCAAUCAGAGCCACUUAUCUGACAAACAUCUGCAGCUGCUCUGUGACCUCAGCUCAGUCUACCGCCAGGCCACCAGAUGAAGGGAACACCCCCCCAACUAAGUCUCCGAACAAAAGUACCCAUCAUCACAGUUCUGUGAAUUUCUACCAUCAUAAUGUCAAAACAUAAACAUCAAUCCCAGGAUCAAGAUAUGGACCAAACUUUCCAACCUGAAGAUCAUCUACAGCACACCUACCUGCAUAGGAAAUAUUAGCAGGUUCUAUAAUGGAUCAAAACAAUCAUUUAGUGGUAAAUUUGGACUUCUUUGAUAAAAUCUUUAAGGGAGUUUAUCUGAUUUAUGUACAGCCAGGCUUUUGCUGUUGUGACUCUCAGUGCUUCUGUGUAGAAAACAGUAGUCAGUUCUCCUCCAGUUCUCCCGUUAAUGAAGUCCAAAGUGUGAAAACCUACAGGAGGCUGCGGAUGGAUGUUAGGGAGCCAGGGAAGAGACAUGCAGCUACUGUUUCUAUGCAGAGGCAGUGAGGUGUAACACUGCUCAGCUGUUCUCACUAAGUCAGAUUACUUCUAUGAAGCUGAUUCUGUAAUCAGUGUUUCACUUUCUGCUUCAGUUUUUACCUGCAGGAAUGGAUGACAUCCUUAAGAGCCAUAGAUUAAGUUAGUUAGAAAAAAGAUUGACCUUCUAUUUCUAUACACACUUUGGUAUAAAUGCUCUUCAGUGUGCAUUCAUAAUUUCUUUUAGCUAGAUUUAUUUAAUUGUAGGGAUAUAUUACUGUUUUAUAAAAUAUAAUGCGAAAUAACUUU